AUGAAAUGUCCAGGGAAAUUUAAAGCACAGCUCCACGCUUCAUCCAUGGGAAAGACAGCGAAUGAAGAAAUAUACGUAGUGAAAAAUCUAGAGAGAAGUCUGUUAGGACGAAAAGCAGCAAUGGUACUGAAGCUAAUAAUGCAAGUAGACAAUGUGAACAAGAACGCCAGAGUAUUUGAAAAAUACCCAGAACUGUUCACCGGCCUUGGAAGAAUGAAGGACGAACACAGCUACAGCAUAAGCCUGAAAGAAGACGUCAAGCCGUUCGCUGUAACAGUGCCGAGAAAGGUACCCCUCCCCCUGUACAAGGAAACAAAAACAAAAAAAGAACUGGAGAAGAUAAGGAAACAGGAGUCAUGUCGAAAGUCGAGAGACCGACCCAAUGGUGCGCUCCCAUGA